GACCAUCUUGAGGAACAACGUCAUUUCCUCCUUUCUUCGAUUCCACGGGUGCUGUUCCCUUUGAAAGCGCGAUACCAACUUCAUUCAUUUCAGUUAUUCCGUCGCCCUAGGCAUUUCUCUACUCCAUUUUCUUCAGUAUCCAAUUGUUGACCGGCACGGCGGAGAUAGUCAUCGCUCUGUUUCCCUUUGUUUUGCAUCACUGACUCGAGCAGUUGCCCGCUUCCAAAGGGCGGCUGGCACCCAAAGGCCAAACAUGGACCCAAAUGCUUCUUCCAUCACAGUCGCAGUCCGUGUGCGGCCGUUUACCAUACGAGAGGCGGCUCAACUAGUCAAGACUGACGAUACCACACUCUUCCUCGGCGAUGGAUCGCUGGCCGCCGCACCCACCCCCAAGCUGAACCAGCGCGGAAUCCGAUCGGUCAUUAAGGUGGUCGACGAUAGGUGUCUAGUAUUCGACCCCCCGGAAGACAGCCCGGUCCAAAAGUUCACUCGAUCUGUCGUACCCUCGGCCGGCAAGAAAGUCAAAGACCAGGUCUUUGCGUUCGACCGUAUCUUCGACCAGACCGCCUCGCAGAGCGAUGUCUACGAAGGGACGACCAAGGGCCUGCUGGAUAGCAUCCUCGACGGGUACAAUGCCACGGUAUUCGCAUACGGCGCCACAGGAUGCGGCAAGACACACACAAUUACCGGCACCCCGCAGCAGCCCGGUAUCAUCUUCCUCACCAUGCAGGAACUCUUCGAAAAGAUCAAUGAGAGAAGCGGUGAGAAGGUCACCGAGGUCUCUCUGUCGUACUUGGAAAUCUACAACGAGACUAUCCGCGAUUUGCUGGUCCCCGGCGGUAGCAAGCAGGGCCUCAUGCUGCGGGAAGACUCGAACCAGGCUGUCUCGGUCGCCGGCCUAACCACCCACCACCCGAAAGACGUGCAGGAGGUCAUGGACAUGAUCGUGCAGGGCAACGAGUAUCGGACUGUUUCCCCGACGGCAGCCAACGCCGUCUCAUCACGGUCUCACGCCGUACUACAGAUCAACGUUGCCCAGAAGGACCGGAAUGCCGACAUUAACGAGCCGCACACCAUGGCAACUCUAAGUAUCAUUGAUCUCGCUGGCAGUGAACGCGCUAGUGCCACCAAGAAUCGAGGCGAGCGACUGUUGGAAGGCGCAAAUAUCAACAAGUCGCUCCUGGCCUUGGGGAGCUGCAUCAACGCCCUGUGCGAUCCACGCAAGAAGAACCACGUGCCGUACCGCAACAGCAAGCUCACCCGCCUGCUCAAAUUCUCGUUAGGCGGGAACUGCAAGACGGUCAUGAUCGUGUGCGUCAGCCCGUCAAGCGAGCAUUUUGAUGAGACGCAAAACACGCUGCGUUAUGCGAACAGGGCCAAGAACAUCCAGACCAAGGUUACCCGUAACGUCUUUAACGUCAAUCGACACGUCAAGGACUUCUUGGUCAAAAUUGACGAGCAGAUGGCUCUGAUCAACGAGCUCAAGGCGCAGCAGAAGGACGCCGAGAAAACCUUCUUUGCCAAGUUCCGGAAGCAGAUGGACAAGCGGGAUGCCGUGGUCCGCGAGGGAAUCUUGCGGUUGCGCGCCGCGUACGAGCAUGCCGCUGCAGAGCGGACUGAGAAGGUCAACAAUAUGAAGAAGCUAAAGGCAAUUGAACGUCGAAUCGGCUUGCUCUCUGCUUGGAUUGCCGCCUUCGACGCUGUUUGCGAUGGGCGAGGGGACGAGGAGUCCAUGCCAGCAAACUUGACGGCCAUGCGCAAGACGGCCCACGGGAUCCUGAUGGAGCUGGAGAGCAGCAGGCAGCACAUCCACCAGAGGCUAGAGCGGUCGAACUGGGAACGCGGGUUGGAUACAGCUCUCAACCACAGCAUUUCUCAACUGCCGAUUGGCGAUGGCAUUGUUGAUGGCUCCGAGCGGGACACGCUAGCCAGGGAAGCCGAGAUGCUGAAGGCAAGGUUCAUGCGUGACGCGUACAGAGAGGUGCUGGAACAGGACAAGGCCGGUGAUGCGGCUGUUCUACAGGUGCUUCUAACUGCCCAGUUUGACAUCCUCUCGUCGAUGUCUGAGACCCUCAAUAUGAGCGAGGAAGAGGCCGUCACACACGCCAAGACCAUGGUCAGCCGGCUUCUUGAGACCGGCUACUCUGCGGCAUCCCAUGUCGUCAAGCCCGACGGCUCCAUGAUGCCCGUCGAGCUGUUCCCGCCAACCAAGCGGGGAACUCCGAAGCGGAAGAAGUCUCUCAGCGUCCACCCCAAGCCCAUCACAGCUCCCGUCUUCUUGGCAGCUCAACAACAGGCGAACGCCUCCCCCAUUAAGGCAUCGCCGCGCCGUCGCAAACUCGGCACGGUACGGAAAGGGGUGUCAUUCACUCCAGUCAAGAAAAAGCACAGCGUACGCUGGCGUGACGAUGAAAGCGAACAGGGUACUCUAGCCGACUUCGAAAAGACGCCACAAAAGUUCUCAUCCCCAGAGGAUCCCUCUUCCGAGAAGGCACUUCCCGCCCGGCCUCCGGUGCCCUCGUACCUGAACCACAUGGAUUCUCCGCAAAAAUCCAGCCCGACUGUAACCCUCCCUGACGUAUCAUCGCUGUCCCUCGGCAAGCCGAACCGGUUUCAAGCCGGCUUCUUAUCCAAGACACGGGCGUCUCAGCAGAGUAACGGCGCAGCUAACGGCUCGCCCGUUCCACCAACACUUUCAGUCAACCUGACCGGAUCAUCAGACACCGAGGAUCGGUCAUCGCCGCUGCGCAACGUGCCGGUAAGCCGAGCUACUAACUCGCUCUCACCGCCAGCAGCAACCAACGGAAGCCCCAAACCAACAAGCCUUCUUCUCUCAACCCUCAACGAGAACGGCAACGAAAACAGCAACGAAAACGAACCCCCACGCCGCACCUCCCCGUCGUCCCGUCUCCCCCGCCUGUCCUACGGCUCAGGCUCCGACUCGGAACUCGACCCCCUCAAGAUCCGCUCCGCCCUCCACUCAGCCAAGCGCCGCGAACGCCUGUCCCUCGCGUCUGGCGCAGCCUCAUCAAGCGCCAGGCGCAUCUCGUCAAUUGGUUCCAACUCGGGCAUCGCCGGCAAUCAUGGGGGCCACCGUCGUGCCUCGGCUAGCUACUCGGGCCCAAUCCACCACCACGCCGCUAGCUCUACGAACGGCAUCUCGCGCCAUCGUCGAGGUAGUAACGAGCGCGCGAGGCGUUCACCGCCUAGGCCGAUUCCUAUUACGUACUCGCCGCCGUCCGGUUCAUCUUCGUCGGGAGGGUAUCAUCAGGAUGGGGUUUCUUUUCUCGGCGGCACGACAGGGAAGAGCUUGACGCUUGGUCAGGCGAGGAGGAUGAAUAUGGGGGGGAGUUUUAGGUUGGAGAGGGAGAGGGGCGGUAGUCCGUCGUCGGUGAGGAAUAACUCCGGUGGUGCCGCUGGGCUUGGAGACGUUGUUGGUGGUAAGGCUAGGAGGAUUACCAUUGGUGCUGCUGGUGCGUUGCCGAGUGCGGGACCGAACGGGGACGGAGCGGCAAAUGGUGCUGCUGCUGCUGGUGGCGGUGUGUUGAGGUCACGACCUAGUAUGGCGUGGAGGUGAAAGUUGACGGCGUUGUCUGCAAGGGAUGGGGUUGCGGGUAGAAAUGGCGUUAUGCAUACCACUGUCGCUCCCUCAAUUCCCUGAGGGGUGUGGUUGGAGUUUGGUGUUGGGCAGACACUAGAUCGACUAUUGCUGGUUGCCUUUACUUUGUUUAGCACAUCAUGGUCUGGUUCAUUGAGGUUACGGAUGGGGUUGUUCGUUCAGUGUCCUGUUUGGGAUACAGCCAGGAUAGGCUUGUUUGUUUUGUGUGUAUAGUUGGUUUUCUUUUUGAGGAUCGUAUCAAUAGCGCUAAUGGGGACGUUAUGAGGCACCCGAUUGAGCUGUUUCGAAUGUCUCAGCGGUUACUUGGUGUAUGGAGAUGCUGUAUCUACCUGUUCAAGCCGCAUGACGGAAACCAUUGAACAAGCGCGGUGGUACCGCUAGCGGUCAGGGC